GGCCGCAGUAGUAGACUCUUCGGUCUCCUGAUCAGUCGCCGUGCGCUGUGCGGGUUCGAGUCCCGUUCCAGGAGAAAUUUUUCUCUUGGCUAUGGAUGUUGUGAUUGUCCAUAUGUGGUAGAUGGUCUCUGACUGUCGAACGCGGAGGUACCACCCGGCGGAUUUCGUAGGCGGGGCCAGAAUGUGUGCAUGUUGCAUGCACACGUGUUCCCUCGCCAGAGUCCGUGUGGCGUUCCCCCUUUUCCCUGUAUACUCCUUAUAGCCCCACGGUACC